UGAGAAGCUUCAGGAAGAGCUGAGCUCAGUGUGUGUGUGUGUGUGUGUGUGUGUGUGUGUGAAUGAGCUCCUGCAUCGCUUUAAAGUAAUUAAAGUACUUAAAGUAACUAAAUUAUUUCCUCAGUGUCUCAGAUGGACAGCCUGUGCUGCGCGCUCUGUCUGCAGGCCGAGGAGACGCAGAUCACCGGAGCGCUGUCCACCAAGGACGCAGUGACGGCUCACCAGAACUGUUUGCUCUACUCCUCCGGUAUUUUCUGUCGGGACUCUCCGCAGUUCGACGAUCUGUUCGGUUUCUCCGUGGAUGAUGUGAUCGGCGAGGUCAGACGUGGAAACAAACUGAUCUGCAGCCACUGUAAAAAGAAGGGAGCCACCGCUGGAUGUGAAGUGGUACGCUGCAAGAAGUCUUUCCAUUACCCGUGUGCUGUCACUGCUGGAGCGAAGAUUAUUGAGGACGCAGACGAGGGAAGCUACGGGCUGUACUGUGUCAGACACAGUGAACCACCAGGAAACGGCGUCUCUGUAAACGGCAUCAAAACGUCCAAAAACUACAGCGAUGCCACGCCGGCUAAGAAGAGGAGCUCCAGCGGUGAUUCUACGGCAGCCGGACCGGUCCGCUCACCCAGCUGUACGCCUUCCACCUCCAAGAGGCGGCGGAGCUUCGAUGACAAACUGGAAGAAAAGACGCCUAAGCGUAGAUCUGAAGGCUGGAACGGGAUGGUAUCAGACAGUUCUUCAGAUUCAGCUGAUGCAGACAUGGCGAUGUUCGCCCCGUUAGAGUUUGAUUCAGACAGCAGUGCCAACUCUGUUCCAGAGCAGGUGACCAGAAAAGACACCAAGUCCUCAGAUUCAGGACAUCAGCCGGACAGUUUGAGCAAUGGAGGAAGUGAAGAUGAUCCAGUUGCUGAGUCACAGAGUCUGCUCCCUCCCGUGGACAACGGCACAGAUCCUCUGCGACGUUCAAACACUCCGACCGCACAACCUGUGACUGUGAUGGAUGGAGAGCUCGUAAAGGAAGAGGAAGAGUUCAGCCCUGUGAUGAUUGAUCACACCUCUGAGCCCACUGUCCCACAGCAGACCUCCGUCAGCCCCCCUCCGUCUCCUGACCGGUCCACAGCAGCUCCACCUGAAACUGUCUCGAACCCAAAGCCCAGCAUCGACUCCACCCGCUUCUGGAAAAGCUGCAACGCGGCGCACUGCACACAGGCCGUGUUCGCUGAUUUCAUCCGUGAGAUGGAGGGAAUAUCCAGCAGAAUUCAGUCAGACGAAGCCAGCCAGGAGGAUUAUGACUGUGCACUAAGAGUGAUGGAGGCUUCUGGGAAGCUGACCGCGCUCGUGAUCAGGCAGCAGGAAGAGUUAGUGAGGAAACGCUCGGAGCUGCAGAAGGCGGAGGCAGCCGUGAUGGAGGUUCUCUCAGCACUGAAGAGAUGAGACCCGAGUUCAGACUUACAGUCACACUGUCCUUUUUAAUGUUACAUUUGUUUUUUAUUGACCUUAUAUUUUAGAUACCUGUGGCUCUUCUGUGUUUUAUUACAAAUGAUACAUUUUUAGUCAGUGAAAAAAGAUCUUUCAUUUCAAAACCUGUUGUGAACUUGAAUUAUAAUUGUAAAUAUUUAUUUUAUAAACGUUCCAUAGCCAGCUGUACCAAGUGAACCAAGUCUUCCUGUUCCGAGUUACAUGUUAUUAAAUAUGUUGGUGAAUGUU